CUGUGCCGCGCGCGCACGCCCCCCCCCCUGCCUUUGUUCGGGGUUGGGCGCCAUUUUGCGCGGCGGCUGAGUGGAGGCGCUGAUUGGGUUUCGGGGGCCGGUAGCGGAGCCAAUCAGCGCGGGACCCGAACCGGGGGAGCGAGGCACGAUACACAGACGGAGGUGUACCAAGUACAGUGUUGGAACUGAAGAGACAUGGAACAGUACACAGCAAAUAGUAACAGCUCUACAGAGCAGAUUGUUGUGCAGGCUGGACAGAUUCAGCAACAGCAGCAGGGUGGUGUCACUGCUGUCCAGUUGCAGACUGAGGCCCAGGUGGCAUCCGCCUCAGGCCAGCAAGUCCAGACCCUCCAGGUAGUCCAGGGUCAACCAUUAAUGGUACAAGUAAGCGGAGGUCAGCUGAUCACCUCAACUGGUCAGCCGAUCAUGGUGCAGGCAGUGCCUGGGGGUCAGGGCCAGACAAUCAUGCAAGUGCCCGUUUCUGGAACACAGGGACUGCAGCAGAUUCAGUUGGUCCAGCCAGGUCAGAUUCAGAUUCAAGGUGGGCAGGCUGUGCAGGUACAGGGGCAGCAGGGCCAGACCCAGCAGAUCAUUAUACAGCAGCCACAGACUGCAGUUACUGCUGGCCAGACACAGACCCAGCAACAAAUAGCAGUUCAAGGGCAACAGGUAGCGCAAACAGCUGAAGGCCAGACCAUUGUCUAUCAGCCAGUUAAUGCUGAUGGAACUAUUCUUCAACAAGUUACAGUCCCUGUUACAGGCAUGAUCACCAUCCCAGCAGCCAGUUUGGCUGGAGCACAAAUUGUCCAAACGGGAGCCAACACCAAUACAACCAGCAGUGGACAAGGGACUGUGACAGUGACACUACCAGUUGCUGGAAAUGUCGUCAAUUCAGGGGGAAUGGUUAUGAUGGUACCUGGAGCUGGAUCAGUACCAGCUAUCCAGAGAAUACCUUUGCCUGGAGCAGAAAUGCUUGAAGAAGAGCCACUCUAUGUAAAUGCUAAGCAGUAUCACCGGAUCCUAAAGAGGAGGCAAGCACGUGCUAAGCUUGAAGCCGAGGGAAAAAUUCCCAAAGAAAGAAGGAAAUACUUGCAUGAAUCUCGGCAUCGUCAUGCCAUGGCCAGGAAGCGGGGAGAAGGUGGACGUUUCUUCUCACCAAAGGAAAAAGAUAGUCCACAUAUGCAGGAUCCAUCUCAGGCCAAUGAAGAAGCAAUGACACAGAUGAUAAGAGUUUCUUAACCACUACUUAAAGAAAAAAAUAACUGGAAAAAAGUUCCUGUCCCUUCUACAAGUCUGUCGUACCUUACCAGUGUGUCAAGCAAGUCUCUCAAUGGGACAGUCACCAUAUCACAGCCUAUCCUUUUCUACAGAACAAAUACCACUUUUUCAGUAUGCGGCUGAGAUUUUAACUGCAGUGGACACAACAAAUAGAAACUUAAUGACUUCAUUGGUAUACUCUUCUGAUCCGGCGCAGGGAUUUCAAAGUCUGACUGUUCAUGCCUCUUUUUUUUUUUUUUUUUUUUUUAAUAUCUCUUGCAUUAAGAAUUAAGAUUGGCCAUGGGAGAGAGUGCCACGGACUUGAUGAUCAGCAAUAACUCUGGCAUGCUGAAGCAGGGCCAGCAAAGACCUGUUGUGGAGUUAUGAACCUUCUGUACAGAGACAUAAUCCAGUUUAUAGCAAUCAGCACUGACAUGGCUUCACCACAGUGCUUUGUUUUCCCAGUAGAGACUUGUUAUUUACAUGCACUCUUUAAAACUUUGGACUUACUAUCAACUGAACUGUUCAUUGCUGUUGCAUUUGCACUUCUGAAACUGGCAAAACUGAAGGGGGUUCUUUUAAGCUCCAUCCUGUGAAAUAUGUAAACAGCAAGCUUUUCUCUGGGAAAAGUUCAGCCAUCCAGUCAAAAUGAUAGAAAUAGUUCAAGAUUAUUACAAGGCUUGAUAUAUUGCAUAUUCGUUCCUAGGAACAAAUGGGGAGAGGGACACUGAUGGGAGUAUAAAAAUGUAAUUAGAAAAGCAAUCUGUGUAUGUGUUUUUUGAUAUGUUUAUUGCCAGUAAUUGACACUUUGGAAGAAAAGCAGAUGCUACUAUAAAAAGGAUCAAAACUUCUAAGUGGGUCUCUUCUAGAUAAUUUCUUUUAAUCUUCCUUCUAACUUGCAAGUGUGGUGCUUGGUUUCUCCAAAAGAAAUAAUAAUCUGCAAUCUCAGAGUGAUAGGACUUGACCAUCUUCAUUACUGUGUUUCUUGGUAUUAGUUCUACAAUUCUCUGAUCGUACAGAGCGAGAGAUUGUUUUAUGACACCAGAAACACUGGACAAUUCAACUCAGCUCAUCUUGAUGUAAUUGAAGGACUGUUAAACAAAUGAAGGCAGAUAUUGAUGAACCUUUCAGGCUCUUUACAGAAUACCCUCUUUUAGAUAAAAGCGGCACUUAAAGAACGAGGAAAGAAUGCUUGCUUUUUAAAAAGGCAUUUUUUAUGACUUCUAGCUGGCUUCUGGAUUAAUAAACAUACCUUUUGUCUUUAAUUCAGUAGCUAAUUACAUAUUUCAAACUUAGUCCAUUCUUACUGACUUGAAAUUUGGCAGUGGACCCUGUGGUUCUUAAGCCUUCUAACAGGUGAUAACGUGCAUCUUUCCAUGUCUGUUUCCUCCCACCUUGAAUGAGUUAUGUGGACUGGCUGCAUAUCACCUGCAUGCUAUAGUUUCUUUCGAUUUUUGUGUUCUGCAAUUAGAACUAUAUCACUGUAGUUAAGUAUGGACUUGGAAGCAUGGCCAGGCUUCAUGAUUGAGGGAUUUGAUUGUGAACCUGCAAAGGGAAUAUAGCAGAGGGAGAUGUUUUACUGAGGAAAACAGCCAAAGGUUGCAAGGCUAGUUUAAAUUCAGUGAAAUCUGUUUAAGGUGACAAAGAAAUGCACCUUGGAAAAAGACAGAAGGGAGAAAAUACUGGUAAUAUAUUUUUUCCAUUCCCUGAAAGCUAAAGUUACAGUUUGUGCAGAAUGGAGGACAAAAUAGUACAUGAUAAAAGGCUGGAAGGGUAUAAAAAACAGAGCCAUCAAACUUCUAUUUAGUUUGAAUAAAAGACAAAUACUAAACCUAAAAGAGUAAAAGCAGAUGGGAAAGAAUGCAAGAGGAGGAAGCAGAAAAGGGGAGAGAUGUUUGAUGCUGCAUGCUAGGAUGGAGAAUAUGCCUUCCUAGAUACUAAGGAAGGCAAUAUUAAGUCAGCCAUUUGUGAAGGUACAUCGACUCUUGCCACUGAAAGUACAAAGAAGAAAUGCAGAUUUGGGAUAUGUAUUUAGUCAGUUGGAUUUCCUAAAUUAAGUUCAGGAUCUCCCCUGCUGAAUUUUUAGUUUCAUAUAGUGUUACCAUAGUUGACAUUGCAACUUAAAGCUGAGCAAGAAGCUGUUCUACACACAAGUGACACCUGCAGCUAUGGGGGGAAGUGGAAGUCUAGUUCUUGACAUGCAGAUAAAGGAACCUUUUUAUUUUGUCUUAAAUUAUAUUAGUAAUCUAAUACUCUGUUCACAAAUACUACAUUUUAAGUUUUUGGAUUUUUUUAAUUAGUCAAAAGGCUUUUGGUUACCUCUGUUGCAUUGCUGGCAUCUUUGGUGCCUUUGGUUGCUUCCGCCUUAAAGUACCUGGCCAAUUAGAGCAUGGUGCUUAUUUUCAUCAGUUGGCGACUAUGAAAUCCUCACCUAGCAUUUCUUGUGAGGUCACCCAUUUCAGGAAAAAUGUAGCUCUCUUCUAGUGAAGGAAUAAUGAAACUUCUGCUUUAGAUGAAUUUACAGCAUUAUUGUAAAUACUUUUUAAGAGCAUCUGUACAUUUUGUCUGUCUAGAGUAUUCAUGUGCUGGAGUAAGACAGCAUCUCCAUAACAUUACUGCUCUUCAACUGACAGCUAAUCUCUGUCCUGAAGACCCCCCUCUGACAGUUGGAAGUUAGGGAAGCAGAGAUUAUUGCUCUGAUUUUUUUUUUUUUAACUGAGUAAUUACUUGUUUUCUUGUAAACUUCUUCAAAACAUCUAGAACUUUUUUCUCCAGUAAGUCCUUCAGAUAUAGGUUCUCUGAUCUGUUGUUGUAGAAUAUGUAUUAAGACCUAUGGAUUUGUGUUACGUAGGAAGUCUUAUCGUUAUACUUUCAAUAGUGAUGUGAAAGCCUGAGUGCUACUGUCAUAUGUUUCAUUUUCUUUGGGUUACGUGUAUUCACUUCUAAAAGUAGUGUUUCCUUGGUGAGACUGGAGUUAACAGUCAAUACCAUGUUAUCAGAAAAGUCCACUUUAUUUUCUCGGGUAAAUUUAUAAAAUUGGAAGCAUCACCAAGUUCAAACCUCUAGUAAUUAAAUAAGAAUUCAUGUGGAUUGGCUACACUUGAGCAAAAACUCCACUUUGGAAGUGCAUAUAAGAGCGAUGAGGAUAAAAGAAUGGGCUAGUGGAGAAUGUAAAAUGUGGUCGAUUGACCCAGAGAGCACUGGAGCAGUGAACCUAUCAAAAACCAGUUUUAUACAAGUGUAAGGAAUGGGGUAUGGGAAAUGGUCCUCAAGUGAUGCUAAAUGGCUUCAAGGUUUUGCAUGUUUAAAAAAAAAAUUCUUACUUUGUGAAUGGGGGGGGUACUGAGAUUUGCGUAAUGUAAGGCAAAGUUUGUAUAUAGUUAAAAGUUUAUAAUUUUUUUUAUAUGAUGCAUUUUUUCAAGUGUAUUUUGGUCUUUAAUAGAUGCAACUGUAAGUACUGUGUACACUAUCCAGCUAAUAAAAAUUUAUAAACUGAGAACUAGCCUGA